ACAACAACAACAGCGACAACAAUAAUAAUAAUAAUAAUAACAAUAACAUCGCAGGUCAUGCCCGAUAAGCGCAACGACAGCGAAGCAGUUCGCUCUCUCAACUGCUACUGUCCGUGGGCGAUUGACUGAAGCAUACUCAAGGAAGCUUCGAGAGCUACCCGCAACUUCCCCGCCAUACGUCAGAUCACGGCUGCCUAUAAACAAAGACGGAUCUCAGUCAAACCAAUCGCGUUGACCCGCGCUUCUCUGCGGCAUAUUUGGUUGCAUUGCGCUGGCAGAGUGAGGCUCUGUGCUGUCACAAGGAAAGUGGAGGUGGUGGAUCAGCAUACCUGACCGAUAUCCAUGGAUGAUCGCGAACGCCAAAGGAGCAUGUCGCUCAUACCUUACCUGCCAGCCGAAUCGCGGGAAAUUGUACUGCGCCAUGGUUCCGCCGUCGUCGUCUACGAUCAGCGGUCCAAGCAGCUCUCCUUGCGCGAUGCCUCGAAGUCCACAGCCUUAGACGAAACAUGCUGUCCAUAUUGCCACCGAGCAUACCGCGAACCUUCACCACACGAUACCGACGACGAUGAGCGACCGCAUUCGCCCGGCGAACCUGGCAUGGAUCAUGGCUUCGUCAACCCGGGGUACUUCCAGAUGCUGCGCGGUAGUCAGCCUAGCUCCGCAGCAGGCUCGCGUCCACCGUCACCACACAAACAACUAGGACCUGCGAUAAUUCGCGAUACGCCUGCUGAAUUCCACGCACCUGAGGGAGCGGAGUUCGUGGGCAGCGCGCCAUUGCCUCCGAGGAGUCAGGGCAUAUCCGCAAGGGCAUUCAGCCCUAAUUACUUCAAGACAUUCUUUGUCGAAGAGAGAGAGUUAGGAAGAGGCGGCAAGGGUGUUGUGCUCCUCGUGCAGCAUGUUCUGGACGGCGUGCAGUUGGGCAAGUUCGCUUGCAAACGAGUGCCAGUCGGUGACGACCAUGAAUGGCUUGAGAAAGUAUUGAUCGAGGUACAACUGCUGCAAGACUUGUCGCACCAGAACCUCGUCUCGUACCGACAUGUCUGGCUCGAGGACUACCAGAUCAACACCUUCGGCCCCAGUGUCCCGUGUGCCUUCAUCCUGCAGCAAUACUGCGACGGCGGUGAUCUGCACGGCUACAUCCUGGACUCGGCAAAGACAACAAUCACCAAAGAUCAGAUGAAGGAGCGCCUGAGACGACGGUCGAAAGGGCAGAUGGAAGAUCCAGAGAGCACGCUUGGGCCACGGCGCAUGCACUUCGAAGAGAUCAUCUCGUUCUUCAAGGACAUAACAUCUGGAUUGAACCAUCUCCAUGCCAAUGGCUAUAUUCAUCGCGAUCUAAAACCCAGCAAUUGCCUCCUGCAUCGCGACAAGUACGGCAUGAAGGUUCUAGUGAGCGACUUCGGCGAGGUGCAAUCAGCGAACGCUGCGAGAAACUCGUCAGGGGCCACAGGGACGAUCUCGUACUGUGCACCUGAGGUUCUCAGACAGGAGCAGCCAGGUGGACCGUACGGAAACUUCACUACAAAGUCGGACAUCUUCUCGCUCGGCAUGAUCGUCUACUUCAUGUGCUUCGCACGCCUACCAUACAGGAACGCAGACGGAAUCGACGAAGACAAUGAGGAUCUGGAACAGCUGCGCGCCGAGAUUACGACUUGGGCAGGCAUUGACGACGAACAGCGUGACCGGUCCGAUCUACCCGAGAAGCUCUACAGAUCACUCAAACGCCUACUUGCGUUGAAUCCAGACGAACGUCCGGGCACCGAAGAGAUUCUCCACGUCCUCAAGUCGCCGUCCGUCUUCGACGAGUUCAACGCCUACGCCGGUCCCUCGGGCAUGGACGAGUUCAGCCCCCGCAUCUCGCGCGCAGACACACCAAGCCCCGGCCCAGCACAGAUGACCAGAAAGCGAAGCUCGACAACCCACCAGUACACACGACCGGGUCGGUCGAAACUGAGUGCUUCGGUCAUGGAGCGCUCGCCCAGCCCAACGCCGGCUCAUCUCACAAGACGACCCAGCUCAGAGGAAGCAGCGGUCAUGCUGAGACACAAGAAGCUCGAAUUCCCUGUGCCGGAGGUUGUGAGGACGCCGAGUCCGCAAAGGCUUAUGUUGCCUCCUCCACCGCCUGAGGACCAGAGUCGUCUCAGCCAAUACCGCAUCCGCGUGAUCAACCUGUUGGAAAACCCAGCUACGGCCAGCCUCAUCAGAGUGGCGCUCUUCUUCUUGAAGGUUGUCAGCUUGUUCGGUGCUUGUCAGCCGUUCGCUGCGGAGUCGUGGGCGGCGUACUCGUUGCUCGGUCUUGCGAGCUUGGACUUCUUGUCUCCGCAUAUUGUUGUGCUUCCGCAAGUGAGGCGCUGGUAUAUGGACGGUCUGGCGGGGAGUGUGGUGUUGAUGGCGGUACACGCAGUCACGGUCAUGGUGCUAUGGAGGAAGGGGAGGCUUUGUGCUAGAAGUAUGACUUGGGAGGGGUUCUGAGCAUAAGAAAUGGGCAUGGGGUGUCGAGAGGCACGAUUGCGACAUUGCGUUUCUCUGUUAUACGAUAUCCGUGCAGCUAGAUCCAAAUCAAGGCGUUGUAUCAUCGCGAACCGUUG